AUGUUCAAUUAUUUCUUUCUGUUGUCCACUACCCAAUUUGCAUUAUUUGGCCUGUUGAGAGCAAGUUGCAAUUGCCCAUCGUGCCCGUCACCUCAACCAUGUUCUGCUGAAAACUUCUGCCCACCACCAGUCAUCUGCCAACCCAAAAUCUGCCCGCCAGUACCAGUUUGCCCUAUUCUCUUACCUCAAUCGUGCCCUGUAUGCAUUAAACCAACUAUAAAAACAGUACCAAUCCCAGUUGUAAAACCAAUUUACAAAAUAAUUAAUAAGCCAAUUAUUCUAAAUGAAUGUUGCAAAACAUGUGGCAAACAAUGUAUUAAGCGGAUGAAACGAAAUAUUUCAAAUGAUACAAUUAUUACAGUAAAUUCUGUAUGCAACAAUAAAAUACUCGGCGAAAUUAUUUCUAAGAUGAUGACAUCAAAUCUAAUAGUGUCACAAAAGCUAAUCAUGAAAAAAGUGACAAAAUUACUGGGUGAAUACAAUAUCUUUUGUAGCACUGGUGAUCUUACUUACAGUGCAUAUACCGUUGAUUUCUGCCAGGUGAACAAAGCUGGCAUAGUUUGUUAUGCUUUUAAAAAUUUGUGA